GCCGGGCGAAGCGCACCGUCCCUGCUGCAAGACUGAGGAAUAAUCUGGUUUUCUUGGCGAGCCGCCUUCCCGGUAUCGUUUCUAACUGCCCUCGAAUGUGUUUGCAGCGCCUCAGAAAUGACCUCCGGCCUCUGCUCCCCGUCCUUCUUCCGUGUGGGUGCCGCUGACUGCCGCCGCUGCCGCUCCGGGCUCCCUCAAGUUUAACACAAGGCUAAUCACAGCAGGGAUGUACACACUUGUUAUUUUCACUUGGAAAACCUCAGCCUUUCCUCAUGUUUCAGCAGAACUGAAAGCCUCACAAGACAGCGAUGGCUUUUUCUCUGGAAUUUGAAUAUGGAGGCCACGGGGACAGAUGAAGUAGAAAAGAUCAAAUCAAAGUUUAUGUCUGCAUGGCACAACAUGAAAUACAGUUGGGUGUUGAAAACAAAAACUUACUUCAGUCGGAACUCUCCAGUUUUUCUGCUGGGAAAAUGUUACCACUUCAAAACUGAGGACUCUGGGGAGCUCUCUACAGAUGGGUCCAGUUUUGACAAAAUCAGCCCUGAGAUUUCGGGGAACGUGGAGGAAUUCCGCAAGGAUUUCAUCUCCAGGAUCUGGCUGACCUACAGGGAGGAGUUCCCUCAGAUCCAGGGCUCUGCUCUGACCACGGACUGUGGCUGGGGCUGCACGCUGAGAACGGGGCAGAUGCUGCUGGCCCAGGGGCUGAUGCUGCAUUUCCUUGGGAGAGCCUGGGUGUGGCCGGAGGCGCUGGCCAUGGACGGCUGUGACUCGGAGUCGUGGCCCAGCAGCACGGUCAGGAAGCUCACGGCCUCCCUGGAGGCGUCGCUCACGGCCGACAGGGAGCCCAGGCUGCUGGCCCGGCCCCCUGCCCGCAGGGACUGCGAUGGCACCGAGAGGAGGAACGAGCUUUAUCACAGGAAAAUCAUCUCCUGGUUUGGGGACUCCCCCCUGGCAGCCUUUGGGCUGCACCAGCUGAUAGAGUACGGCAAGAAAUCCGGGAAGAUGGCGGGGGACUGGUACGGGCCCGCCGUGGUGGCGCACAUACUUAGAAAAGCUGUUGAAGAAGCAAGAGACCCUGAGCUGCAAGGAGUAACAGUCUAUGUUGCCCAGGAUUGUACAGUGUACAGCUCGGAUGUUAUUGACAGGCAGUGCUCCUGGCUGGGCUCUGGGAGAGCAGCCCCCAAAGCUGUGAUUGUGCUGGUUCCUGUCAGACUCGGUGGGGAGAGAACAAACACUGACUACCUGGAGUUUGUAAAGGGAAUUUUGAGCCUGGAGUACUGUGUUGGCAUCAUUGGUGGCAGACCCAAGCAAUCCUAUUACUUUGCUGGAUUCCAAGAUGACAGUUUGAUUUACAUGGAUCCUCAUUACUGCCAAUCUUUUGUAGAUGUCAGCAUAAAGGAUUUCCCUCUUGAGUCAUUCCACUGUCCUUCUCCCAAAAAGAUGUCCUUCAAAAAAAUGGACCCGAGCUGCACCAUAGGAUUUUACUGUAGGACUGUGCAGGACUUUGAGAAGGCGUCUGAAGAAAUCACCAAGAUGCUGAAAUCUUCAUCCAAGGAGAAAUAUCCCCUGUUUACUUUUGUCAAGGGUCAUUCUAGAGACUAUGACUUUGCUUCCAGUCCACUCCAUGAAGAAAAUGACCUUUUCUCUGAGGAUGAGAAGAAAAGGCUGAAGAGAUUUAGCACAGAGGAGUUUGUCUUGCUUUAAGGACAUUUUACACAGGAGCAUCGGCAGCUGUCCAGGAGAACACUUGCCUUUUAACUCUAAAAUGUACCUGGAUUCCUUCCCCAGAAAGGCAAGCCUGUACUGAAAUUGGUCUAUUUUCAUAAAGAUGAUAAUGUUUUAUAUGUUAAAAGUCUUUAAGAUGUCAGUUACUAAUGUAUGUACUAAUUAUUUUUUGCUGACUGCUGGCUGGAGGAGUGU